GGCGCGAUCCCCGAGUCCCCGUGCCGUUCCCCCAACCCCCUCGGCGGCGGCAGGUGGGAGGCUCCGCGCUGGCAAGCCUUUUUUUUUUGGUGUGUUUGUUCCUCUCCUUUCCGUGACAAGCGUUGAGAGGCAAAAGGCAAGAGCCGAAGAGGUCGGGAGGGAGAAGGGGGCGGGGAGACGGGCGAGGGAGCGGCGGGUGUCGGUGCGGAAGGCGGGGACGCGGCUCCCCCGGCCCGACCUCGGACCAUGUACCAGGACUACCCCGGGAACUUCGACACCUCCUCCAGAGGCAGCAGCGGCUCUCCGGGACAUCCCGAGACCUACUCCAGCGGCGCAGCCCAGCAGAAAUUUCGAGUAGAUAUGCCAGGAUCAGGCAGUGCUUUUAUCCCUACAAUCAACGCCAUCACAACCAGCCAAGACCUGCAGUGGAUGGUCCAGCCCACCGUCAUCACCUCCAUGUCAAGCCCUUACUCUCGCUCACACCCCUACAGCCACCCGCUGCCCCCGCUGUCUUCGGUGGCCGGACACACAGCCCUUCAGCGACCUGGUGUGAUCAAAACCAUCGGGACCACCGUGGGCCGGAGACGAAGAGAUGAGCAGCUGUCGCCCGAGGAAGAAGAGAAGCGAAGGAUCCGGAGAGAGAGGAACAAGCUGGCAGCUGCUAAGUGUCGUAACAGGCGUCGAGAGCUAACAGAGAAACUCCAGGCGGAAACUGAAGUACUGGAGGAGGAGAAGUCGGUGCUGCAAAAAGAAAUCGCUGAGCUCCAGAAGGAGAAGGAGAAGCUGGAGUUUAUGCUGGUGGCUCACAGCCCUGUGUGCAAAAUCAGCCCCGAGGAACGUCGGAGCCCACCAUCCAGCAGCCUCCAGAGCGUUCGGACUGGAGCAAGCGGAGCGGUGGUGGUGAAGCAGGAGCCUGUGGAGGAAGAGAUCCCAUCUUCCUCUUUGGUCCUUGACAAAGCCCAGAGGUCUGUCAUUAAGCCCAUCAGCAUUGCUGGAGGUUUUUAUGGGGAAGAGGCACUCAACACUCCCAUCGUGGUGACCUCAACACCAGCCAUCACUCCUGGCUCUUCCAACUUGGUGUUCACCUACCCCAAUGUGUUGGAUCAGGAGUCUCCUCUCUCCCCAUCCGAGUCCUGCUCCAAAGCUCACCGGAGGAGCAGCAGCAGUGGUGACCAGUCCUCGGAUUCCUUGAACUCUCCCACCUUGCUGGCGUUGUAAUCCCUCUGUGGCCCCCCAUUUUGCCAGUGUGUUACAUCCCCCACGAGAACCAUGGGGGAAGCCCACCUCCAUGGGAUUAGAGACAGGCACAGGAUCGUUCAAGCACAAGGGCAGCAAGAACAAGGGUGGGGAAGUGCUGCAGCUCCAGGAAGGAGAGUGAGGACCAACGCCAGCUUCUCGGAGGCAGGAAAUGGCAAGGCUGGGACUGAUGUGCCAGGACUGUAUGGGGAGAAUGAUUUCCUCUCUGUAGGGAUUUCCUAUGAAAGCUUCUCCAUGGCUGUAGUGGACUUGGGGCGCACUCCUGGCCAGGACUGAAGGCGAGCUGUAGACAGUUGCUAGUCGUCCCUUUCCUUUGUGAAUUGAUCUGAUCGGUUGUGCUCUGUGCUUAGAUCAUUCUGGUUAGUUGAUCUUAACAACUUCUCUCUCUCUCUCUCUCUCUCUCUCUCUUAUCAUUUCCAAUGUUGUCGAUCCCAUGACAUUUCAUCCAGUUGCUCUGAACUCUAAAAGCUUAUUAGGAUCUUUCCUCUUGGGAAAGGCUGUGGGAAAUACAGAGAGUUGCCUUCACAAGAGGGAGAUUGCUGGGAGGAUAGACCUGGGAGAGGGGAGACCAAGAGGAUGAGGGCUCAGCAGCAAGGGUAGAGCUUGUAACUCUGGCCUGAGUCACAGAGACAGCAAAUGGAGAUGGCAGGAGGCUCACACUGAAGCCUUUAUUUUUUAAGAUGUAGGUUUAUUCAUCCCCUUGGGCUCCUCAAAAAAAACCAAGUUAGCAUCUCAGGGCCAAAGUCGCAUCAGAAAAGCUUCUGGGCUGGCACUUACUAGUGUCUUUGGCAGGGAUUUACUCCGGUUUGGUGGAUAUCAAAUCUGCUGCUUGUUUACUUUUCCUGGGCUGCCUGCUGUCUAGGGAGCAUUGCAUCUUCCUUCCCAUCAAGGCUCUUGACUCAGAGGCUGAUUUCUUCCUGUUAGUAAAUCCUCCCCUCCCCUUGGCCAUAUUUGCAAAACAUGCCAUUGAAAAAGGCGGCACCAUGUGCCUGUAAAUCUAGGAUGGAGACUGGCAGCAGGUUAGAGGAUGAAACUAGCUGGCUGUACCUUUGCUGACCUUUUCAUUGUUGGGAAACAAAGCAGCACACAUCCACCAGUUGAUACUAGCUGGUUGUUUGCUCAGAGAUUCUGAAUUUCUGGCACUGGGGGGAAGGCAGGGGUCCAGCCUUCAGCACAGCACAGGCUGCAAGGUGCUCUGGACCAUGCCCAGAUGGCAUGGUUGAAGUGAUGACUUGUUUGAACUCUAUUCAUAACUCUGGUUAUGAAUAACAAAUUGAUGGCAGAGGCAAAUCAAUUACCAUUAUUUGCACCUCAGUCUCUGGCUUCUGUUCUUGUUGCAUUGUAAUUCAUGCUGUUUUGUUGAGAUUGAUUGGCCUGAAGACAAAAAGAUCAGAGGGCUUUUUGCCUCAGCCCUGGGUCCUUGUCUUCUCCAAUGUGUGGGCUCAGCUGCUACUAUUAAGUGCUCAUGGAGGGCACAGGCUCUCCUGCGCUGAUGUUCACUACUGAAAUAGUUAAUGUGUGUAACUCAUUCCCUCUUGGAGCCAGGCACAGCUCCUGUUGAUGUCAAGGCACUGACAGACCCUCACUAUGUGCACACUAGGAUUGCCCAGCUUGCCAGCUAAGCUGCUUAGGGGAUAGAUAGCCCUUUGGCCCUGCCUCUUGAAGCUGUGGUGGCAGCUAUAUGUUCCAGUGUGAUACUUUCUUCUUCUUAUAUAUAUAUAUGUAUAUGUAUAUAUAUAAUUUUUUAAUCAACUGAAACCAGGGUAUUUCUUGGUCAGGCUGGACCUGGAGAAAUGCAAUAUGCAAUUAUAGAGCCAGUCCCAUGAGAUGCUGAACUGCUGCAGUCCCCACCGACUCCACUGGGAAUUAAUAGGGUUCAGUCUUGUGGAACCUGGCCUUUACUCAGCAGGGCUGGCCUCUCUCAAACUCUGGCCACAUGAUUCCUUGAAUCAUUUCAAAGGGACACUACUUUGUCUCUAAAGGCAGGCUUUGCUUUUUGGAUUAUAUUAUUUUUAAACCCAGGUGUUUGCCAAACCUGCCAGAGACAGAAAGACAUGAAUGAUCUUUUUGCUUCAUAAAGCUGAUUGGGAUUGUUGCAUAAACACAUCCAUUGUUAUACUAGUGCUAGAGGUUUCAAAUCAGGCUUACACAGUAAAGAAAACUGAUAAAGGAGUUAUCUUGUCCUAAUGUGAACAUCAAAAAUUUAUUUUUUAGUAAAGUAGAUCUUAAGCUUCCCAUAGUACAGAGGGUGCUGUUUUCAUGGGAUUUUAUCUAGAUGAUAUCACUUUAGGUGAAACUGCUGCCUCUGUAUCUGCCUCUGUUUUGCCAGAUGCUUGUUUGGGCCAGUCUGGAUUGAGAAUCUAAAGCUGUUCAAUAAAAUGUCAUGUCAUUUCUACCCACUUUUUGAGCAGAAUGCAACAUUAAGAAGGGGUGAAUCCUAAAGUGAUAACACCUACUUUGAGGCCAGCUGACCAGCAUCACUGUGUCCCCAGAGAUCAGGAGCAUUCCUACUGGGGCUGAGAUCAGGAGCCUUCCGACUAGGGGUUUUGGGAAGUCCAGUGCCUCCUCAAACCCCAGGAAGCCUAACUCCUGCUUGAACAAGAAAAAGCUACCUUUGCUUUUGCUCACUGAAUCAUUGCCAAAAGGAGCUGCAGCUGGCCCUCGCCCCUGCCUGCGGCCUUGUCAUUGACCUUCUCAGAGGCAGGACAGGAUGGUCCCCUUAGCUGUGUUGUGACACUGAUGGGAGCCAUGUGAAACUGCCCAGAAAAGGGGAUUAUUUCCUACCAUCUGGAAAAAGCCCCAAAUACCUACCUUGUGCCUGCUUGUUCUGUCCAUCACAUCUUCAGAGGGUGUCUGUGUUGGGAUCUCUGGUCUCCCGCCUUCUGUAUUUUGUGCAUCAGCCCUACUUCUGUUUAGUUUCUGGCAGACGGGUACAACUCGAGCUCUGCUGCUAUUUUGGCCUGGCCUGCAUUCUCCUUUUCAGGUUUACUGGUGUGCUUUUGGGGGGUUGGCUGUCUUCUCCAUCUCCAAAAUGGUAUUUUCCAUGAGAACCUUACCCGCUGAUUUCUAAAUGUAGUGUCUCUGUGUUCUGUAUGUAAUUGGGGUGCAGGAGCUGUUGCAACUAGUGUCUGACCAAGAAAAAAGCCCAGGGAAUUUCAUCUGGUAUUAGGUCAAUGUCUAGCGACAGGCCUAGUGAAGCCUCUAACUACAUCUUAAAUUAAUCAGUGCCAAACUGUGAGCAGCAGUAGCAGCUGCAUUGAAGGAAACAUUCAGCUUCCAGGUGAUGUUUGUCAUUCCGGUUUUGCUCUCGUUCCUCUUUAACCCUUCCCAGUUGGGGCGCGUUGCCUUCAUCCAUUCCUUUCUCGUAGGUGUGGAGACUGGGUAAGUCUCAAACUGCUUGUGGUGUAAUGGGAUUUGGGACCAACAUGCUGGGGACAGUAGCUCUCUGUUGUGUUUUAAUAAUUAUUAUUUAAAUGAUCUAUUUAGUUCAUCUGAACCUUUAAUUUUGCUGCUUACUGUAUGUAGGAUCCACCUGGCCUUCAUCCUAAAUGAAAAGAAAAAACAAAAUGAAAACAAACCUAAGAUACCCCCCUCCUGCCUGGUAUCUUAUUAUUUAUUGGCAGGCAGCCGUCUUGUGCCUGCUGCAGCAGAUUUGCCCGCCAUUAAUUUAACAUCCUCCCAACUCACAUUCCUGGUGUUUGGUUGAUGCUUUUUUUUUUUUUCCCUUUUUGUUGUUGAGGUUUCUUUUUAAUUCUAAAACAGACUUCUGAAAUGUAAGAAAUCUUAUCAUUAUGACACUUACAAGUUCAUUUUCAUUAGGAAGGCCAAGUCAAAUAUUUUAAGAGGUGGGGGGAACAGUCUAAGUUUUAUUUCUUAUUUAUUUAUCAUGUUUACAUCUUUUUUUUUUUUUCUGUUCAAGACUUGGAUAUAAUAAAGCAUUAAAAAUAUUCCAAUCUUCUUUUUUUAGGCUAAUAUUUUUUUUUUCAGUUCUUUAAAUAAGAGAUUCUGGAUUUUGUUGUUGUCUGUAUAAAAUGUAAAAAGAGAUAUGUUUCUAAAGAUGCAUUAUCAUUCCUAUGUGAACAGUAGAUGGAGUUGAGGACAAAUCUCAGAAUACAAGAUAAUAAUAAAAUCCCAUCCUGUUUUACUUAAUUGUUCCCCUCCUAUCCUGUAUGAUUAAAGGGUUAUUCCACUUUCUUGUUUGUGGUUACUUGAUAUUAAAACCGUAUUAAAAUGUGUAGAAAAUAGGUAUCCAAUUGUUUUUGCUCAGUGAGAGGAUAAACUGUUGUAUAUAUCUUGGUAUACUGUGUAGUUCAAAGUAACAUCAAUAAGGGAUAGUGCAUCUUUAUUAGAGCGAUAAGUUACUAGUGUCACUGAAGUCUGCUUUAAGAUCCUCAGAUACAGAAAGGGCCUGAUUCUCAUUCCACUCUCCUAGGGGCAAACUGAAAGCAUCGGUACCGUUUCGUUGCUGCAAAGCGGGUGUCAGAGGUAGAAACAAGCCUCAGUGAUUAAUAGGUGACCAUGAGGAUUAUUGAAGGUUUUGGGGGCACCAUUAUCUUUUUUCCUUUUCUUUUUUUUUCCUCAAAAGUUUUAGACUGUGGUUUGAGGGGUUUUUUCUUUUUCUCGUCUCUUCUUUUUUUGUCUGCGGUAAAAUAAUUUCUGCCGAGGAGUUUCUUAAAGGUGACUGCUGAAUUGGGACCCUUCUUUACUCUUCGUGAUCUUGGUAUUGUUCUUGCAGUCCUGGAGAAUCUCAGCUCUGAGGUGUUCUCUCGGGUGUUGUCUCUUCUGUUCUUAUUUUACUGAAUUACAGGCCUACAGUAUUUGCACUAAAACAAAAAGCUUGUUAGAGAAAGCUUGCUGCUAUGAAAGAAAGAACAUAUUAAAAUGGUUUUGCUUUUACGAUUUUAACUGAGUAGCAUUUUGUAGAAUAAAAUCAAUUUAGACUGAAAAGAAAAAUUGACUUUUCCUUUUUUCCUUUGCACCUUCCUUUCCCCGUACUCCUUUCUUUUCCUCCCGUUCCUCGGCGGUGUGAUGUUCCCCCCUUUCUCCUUUGGUGCUCAGUUGUAAUGAUUGGCUGUAUUGUUGACUAUGCUGCUGAGAGUUAUGACACUUGUAAAUCUUGUUUUAAUGACAUUGUGGACACUCUUUUGUAUAGCAAGAGCUAACUGGAGUUCUCUCUGUUAAUUGAAGUCAUUAAAAAGCUCCCUUUGCCAUGAACAAUUAAAA